AUGGUUGGGGCAGGGCUUCUAAAUGUCUGUGUGGCUUUCCAAUAUGCCUCCGUUCUGGGAGGGCUUCUUAUUAUGCUCUUUUCCGCUUUUGUCUGCACCGGAGGAUUUCUUCUGAUCGGCUACUGUUGCUCCAAGACCCAAGCAAAGACCUUCCGUGAGCUUUGGCGGUCUGCAAUGGGCCAGAACACAGAGAAGACGGUCGACGUCGUUUUGUUCUUCCACACUCUCUUUAGCUGUGUAGGAUACGUCACCAUGAUCGGCGACUUCUGCAUAAAGAGCGCGUCUGGUCUGAUGCCAGAUUCGGUUUUUGCGCGCAGACGAGAAUCGUCGAUUCUUGUGAUCAGCAUUUUCGGCAUUUUCCCUCUGUGCCUGUACAAGAACCUGGAGCCUCUGAAGUACACCUCGGUCGUUGGCUUGUUCAUCACAGCUAUAUCCUGCGCCUACAUUUUCUAUGAUGUCGUGGCUAACGCGGAAGAGUACCGCGCGGUCGAGACACUGCAGGACCACAUGUGGUAUGUGAGGCUGGACAUGUUCAAGACUUUGGCUCUGUUCAAUGGGUCAUUUUCAGCUCACUACAAUGCCCCGACCUACUAUGCCGAGUUGCAGGAAAAAACUUUCGUGAACUACAUGAAAGUGAGUUUUUGGGCCUUUGGCAUUGCCACUUUGCUCUUCACCGCGUUUGGCCUUGCUGGCUUUGCCCGCUUCGGCGACGAGGUGCUUGGUAACGUGCUGAAAAGUUACAGUCCAGACGAUCCGAUGAUCCAGAUCUCAUGGUUUUGCAUGAUGGUUUCCACCGUCUUCAACUUCCCGCAUGCGUUUCAGAGAAUGCGCUCGUCAUUCAACGCACUGAUAAACAGGGGCCCCGAGGACAACUUCCUGGUGACCACGAUUGCCCUGCUUGGCCUUUCAGUGUACAUGGGUGUGGCCUUCAAAGACAUAGCUGUAAUCAAGAUGAUCAAAGGUGCCACCCUUGGUGUCUCCAUCAUGUUCAUUUUCCCAGCCCUGUUUUUCUUGCAGCUGAAUCAGCCCAUCCAGAUGAGGAGGAAAUGCAGUGGUGACGUGAACGACCCAAACAGCAAGUUUCGCAGAAGGAGACGAGGCAAUUGGUUGCGAGUCCUCUGCGUGAUCAUGAUGAUCACUGGUUUCGUGCAGGGCGUGCUUGCACUGUUGGUGCACUACAAGGUAAUUUGA